UAAUCAUCUACUCUUCUUAUAUAUAUUUCCACAUUUCCUCAUCAAAAGUGUGGACAUCCAAACUUGAUCAUACACAUUUUCUCUCUCAAGUCUUUUUCUCAAACUCCAUCAAACAUUUUCCAAGUCAAAUAAUCCAAAAUCCCAGAAAAAGAAAAUGGUAAGCAAAGCAUAUGAAGAAGCCAUAGCAGAUCUCUCGAAGCUUUUAAGCGAGAAAGGAGGAUUGGAUGAGGUGGCAGCCGCAAAAAUAAAGCAGAUCACAAAGGAGUUGCAGGGUGAGGUGGUCGGCACCGCUAAUGGUAAUGUCAAAAAUGAUGCCUUUGAUCCCAUCCACCGUCUCAAUUCCGGUUUUCUCAGCUUCAAAUCUCACAAAUACGAGAAAAAUCCAGCAUUGUACGGUGAACUUGCCAAGGGUCAAAGUCCCAAGUUUCUGGUGUUUGCCUGUUCGGAUUCCCGAGUAUGUCCAUCCCAUAUACUUGACUUUCAGCCUGGGGAGGCCUUUUCUGUUAGAAAUAUUGCCAACAUGGUUCCUCCUUAUGACAAGACAAAAUUUUCAGGUACAGGAGCUGCUAUUGAAUAUGCUGUUGUGCAUCUCAAGGUGGAGAAUAUUGUAGUGAUUGGACACAGUUGCUGUGGCGGAAUAAAGGGGCUUAUGUCCAUCCCUGAUGAUGGUUCUACUUCUUCUGAUUUCAUAGAAAAUUGGGUUAAGAUAUGUGAUCCAGCUAGAUCCAAGGUUAAAUCAGUACUCAGCUGUGCGGAGUUUGCUGACCAAUGCAACAACUGUGAGAAGGAAGCUGUGAAUGUGUCUCUAGGGAACUUGUUGACAUACCCAUUUGUGAGGGAAGCAGUAGCGAACAAAACUCUAGCUCUUAAGGGAGCACACUAUGAUUUCGUACAUGGAGCUUUUGAGUUAUGGAAUCUCGACAUCUCUCUUUCUCCUACUAUCUCAUUCAAGUGAUCAGAUCAACUCAGAACGUACGCAUACUAAUAUCAUGAUAACAAACACAAUAUAAUCAAACUUUUUUUUUUUAUAAAAAAAACAAAAAAAUAGAAAAUAGAUCAAAUAGCGUUUUGUGAGAAAAAUAUAUCAAACUUUGUUAUAAUUUCUCUUUUUUUUUUUUUUGUGAAGUUUCGUUUGCUUCUCUAUGUAAUAUAUAUGCAUGGCAAAUGCAGCAAUAAUGAGAAUAUUACAUCGUUUUUUUGGGUGCUAAUAUACUUUCUAUAGUAGAUAGCUCUUCCUCUUCUA